AUGUCGUAUGUUGCUUCUUCUCCUAAUUUUCAAAAACUCCAAAACCCUAAAUUCAUUCGCUUCUUCUCCUCUUCACCUAAAAGCCUAUACUCUCAAUUCCACAACCAAAAUAAAGACGAACAAAAUCUCGUUUGCUUAUUCAAUCAAUUGCUACUUGAAAACAAUCCAUCCAUCUUCCGAUUUAACAAACUUUUAGGUUCCUUUGUUAAGCUCAAUCAAUACUCCAAUGUUGUUUCACUUCAUCGAGAGAUGGAAUUAAAUGGAAUUUCCUCAGAUUUAGUCACUUCCAACAUAUUGAUCAAUUGUUUUUCUCAAUUAGGUCAAAUCUCUAUUUCCUUUUCUGUAUUUGCCAACAUUCUCAAAAAGGGUUUUCAUCCAGAUGUCAUAACAUUGACUACACUCAUUAAGGGUCUCUGUCUCAAAGGUCAGAUCCAUAAAGCAUUCAACUUUCAUGAUAAGGUCGUAGCGCAGGGAUUCCGGUUAGAUCAAGUUAGUUAUGGGACCUUGAUCAAUGGGUUAUGUAAACUUGGACAAACAAGAACAGCCCUACAACUGUUCCGACGAGUUGGUGGGAAACUGGUUCAACCUAAUGUGGUAAUGUACAGUGCAAUUAUUGAUAGUAUGUGCAAGGAUAAACUUGUUAAUCAUGCUUUUCAUUUAUACUCUGAAAUGAUUGCUAAGAAACUUUCUCCUGAUGUAGUCACUUACAGUACUUUAAUUAAUGGCUUUUGCAUCGUAGGUCGGUUAAAAGAAGCAAUUCAUCUGUUUAAUAAAAUGGUAUCGGAAAACAUCAACCAUAAUAUUUAUACCUUUAAUAUAUUGGUUGAUGCAUUUUGUAAAGAAGGAAAAGUGAAAGAAGCUAAAAAUAUGUUUGCUAUGAUGAUGAGAAAAGGUGUUAAACCUGAUGUUGUUACUUAUACCUCUUUAAUGGAUGGAUAUUGCUUAGUUAAAGAAAUUAACAAGGCCAAUGGUAUAUUCAACACUAUGGCUCAGAUGGGAGUGGUUCCUGAUGUUCAAUGCUACAAUAUCAUGAUUAAUGGAUUUUGUAAGAUUAAAAUGGUAGAUGAAGCCAUGAAUCUCUUCAAUGAAAUGCUUUGUAGAAAAAUUAUUCCUGAUACGAUAACUUACAGUUCCCUUAUUGAUGGUUUGUGCAAAUCGGGAAGAAUCUCAUAUGCUUUGGAGCUUGUCGAUGAGAUGUAUGAUAGAGGUCAACCACCUGAUAUAAUUACUUACAAUUCUAUAUUGGAUGCUUUGUGCAAAAACCACCAUGUUGACAAGGCAAUUGCUUUAUUAACAAAAAUUAAAGAUAUGGGUAUUCAACCAAACAUGUGCACAUAUAAUAUUCUUAUUGAUGGAUUGUGUAAAGGUGGAAGAUUGAAUGACGCUCAAAAGGUUUUUGAGGAUCUUCUGGUCAAAGGCUACAAUCUUGAUGUCUAUACAUAUACUGCUAUGAUCCAUGGGUUUUGUAAAAAUGGGUUUCUUGAUGAAGCAUUGGCCAUACUAUCAAAACUGAAAGACAAUAGUUGCAUUCCAAAUGCCGCAACGUAUGAAAUUAUUAUCCGUUCUCUAUUUGAUAACGAUGAAAAUGAUAAGGCUGAGAAACUUCUUCGUGAAAUGAUUUCAAGAGGUCUGUUGUAAGACUAAAACUAGAAUUUAUUGUUCUUAAUUGAGCUUAAGAAGAUGUGUUGGUCGUAGGAAACUGGGUUAAUUAAGAUUUGUUCUGUUGUGUUGAGCCUAUCUUAGGGAUACUAAAUUGAAUUGGGACAGAACAAGUAAGCUUAUUAUUAUUUUUCUUUUUAAUACUUAUACUUCUGCAUUAUAGUUCUAAUCUUACGAAGCUUAUCUGUUUUAGAAUGAUAAGCUUAAGGUUGAGUUUCUAAGACCUGAACUGUAAACAACAGACAUAAGUUUGGCUUUGCCCUUAAGCGAAGUAAGCUGAGAAUGACUUUAAUUGCUCUUGUGGUUACAUUAAAUUACUGUCUAAUGAGUAACUAAGGCCUCAUUGCAGCUGCAUAAUCUACUCAAAUAUGCAUUAAAGACUAAUAUUGAGAACUGGAAUGGUCUUCAAGUUGUUUGGUCACUAGGCUUAGAGUUUUAAACUUGCAUGCAGAAGGAGGGAGCAUGAUUCUAUUUUCUACAUAACUGCUGGUGCUGCAGUUUUGGAUGAUAAUUUAUCUUAAAUUUUGGUUUGGAGUUUUUUAAUAUUUUAGAAUGAUAUGGUUAGAAAAAAUAUUCCUAAUGUUGUAACGUACAGUUCCCUUAUUUUAGAAUUAUAUGGUUGGUUUAAACUGCUGCCACAUUCCUGCUUUUAGUAUAAAGCCAAGCCUAGUGGCUGUUACAGAGGUCAGGAACCUGUACGAAUAUUUCAGGGAUUUUCAAAUGAAUUCAAAGUUAUACAAGUAGUUAUUUGAUGUUGUUUCUUGCAUUACUAUCGUGUAGAUCAAGGUUAUGAACUUUUUUUCUUAUUUCAUUUGGUUCCUUAUCUAAGUUUCUAUGGUUUGUCCUCUCUAUGGUUGCUUCUACUGUGAUGCUUGGUUUGAGGCCAGAAGAUCAGAACAAUCCAUUUGGUCAGUUUGGCCCUGUCAAGCAUGUAUAGGACACAGUUUUUACCUUAUCAUGUAAAAAUAUUUAUCUAUCAUUUGAAGUCCAAAACCUUUAAUCAAAUUCUGCAGGAGAAAGGAGUUGGAGCUAGUGCAACCUCCUCCCUGUCAGUACCAAAGAAUCGAUGCGGAUUUCAAAUCAUCAAUAGUAAAGUACACAUUUUUUACCUUAUCAUGUUAAAAUAUUUAUACAAAUUAUAGUGGAGGUGUUUACUUUUUGUGUUGUCUGCCAACAAUCAAAGUCAUUUUUAACAUCAUCACAAAAUAUUUAAACCUCAAACAACAAAAACAGUGUUGGUAGCAUUUGGAUCAUAUGUUUGCGGAGAAAAUAGUUAUUAAAAAACACUCGAGACUCUCUAGAUGCGGUUUUGUAUUUUGCACUUUUGUUUUUUGACACAUUGUUUUUAAACUUGCACAUUGACACACAUUGUUUCUUUCAAAUUAUCAAACACUAUGGCAGUAUGGCUCAGAUGGGUCAUGGGAGUGGCUCCUAACGUUCGGAGCUACACUAUCGUGAUUAAUGGAUUUUGUAAGAUUAAAAUGGUAGAUGAAGCCAUUAAUCUCUUCAAUGAAAUGCAUAGCAGAAAAAUUAUUCCUAAUGUGGUAUCGUACACUACUCUUAUUGAUGGAUCGUGUAAUGUUGGAAGACUAGAGGAUGCACUAGAGAUUUUCAAAGAUCUUUUGGUCAAAGGCUACAAUCUAAAUGUCUAUACAUAUACCAUUAUAAUCAAGGGAUUUUGCAAAACAGGAAUGUUUGACGAAGCAUUGACCAUGCUAUCAAAAUGGAAGACACUGGUUGCAUUCUGAAUGCUAAAGCUUAUGAAACAGUUAUUUCUUCCCUCCUUAAAAAAGGUGAAAAUUGUAAAGCAUAGAAGCUUUCUUCGUGAAAUGAUUGCAACUUUGCAAGAGAUCUACUGUAUGAUCAAGAUGUUAGAAAUAAAGUUUUAAUCCUUCUACUGAA